GUCGUCAGUGGCGGAGCGUCGGUGGUCGGUGGAUGGUCGCCGACGGUAGCGCGCUGCAGCCGACGUGUGGUGAACACUAGCUCUGUGGUACUCGACGGACGGACGGAGCGAGAUACGAACCGGGCGAGACGCCGAGCCCCGCGCCUGUCAGGUGCCUCUGUGGGCGCUGCGUAUGGCUGAGUGUGUGGCCAGCCCGUGCUCGGAGUUGGCCGCCACCCGCCGCGCGUGUGACCAGACGGGCUCGUCCAGCACCAGCGGCGCCGCAGCCGGGGGCGCCGCUGCCAGCCGCGCGCCCGGCCGCGCCCGGCGCACCCUGCCUCUGAGCGUGGACGGCCGACUGCUGGAGAUCGUACUGCGCGACGACACGGCGCCCCAACACGUCGAGGAGCUGCUGCGACUGCUGUCGGGCGGCGGCGAGGGCGACCUGCUGAAGCUGGUGGCGCCGUCCGGGCAGCUACUGGCGGCCCGCUCGGUGGUGCUCUCACCUCAGCUGUCCGACGGCGGCCCCUACCGGCUGGCCAGGGUCGCUACACACGUCUGUGAGAGAAGCAUUGAAACAAAGAAGGAGGACCUACAACUGCUCAAAGAAAGGCUAGAUCAGUUGGAAGAAGAGCUGUUGAAAAACUCGGAACCAGUACCACCUUCGAUAGUGGAACUGAAAACCAGCGUGGCUCACCUGCUGAGACACAUAAACCGACCAGACCUGAUUGAUUGGCUGGGUCACCGGCCGCCGCCCGUGGUGCACAGUCGGUGUCAGGACAUCAUGAAGUCACGAUACAGGCCGCUCCACGAGUCGGAACUCAACGACGUCUUGCGAAAGUUCAGCCUGAUACGGGAGGCCGAUGUCAGUGAGGAGGUACGUCAGCAGCUACGGACGCCGACGUUCGACAGCUGGCAGUGGUCGCAGGAGGAGAUGCUCCUCCUGCUGCAGCAGAUGUUUGUCGACCUGGACCUGACCGGCCGCUUCUCCGUCGAUCUGGACACCCUACGGCGCUUCCUGCUGCGCGUCUUCGAGAACUACAACGUGGUGCCGUUCCACAACUUCCGACACGGCUUCUGCGUCACGCAGAUGAUGUACUCGCUGGUCUGGGCGUGUGACCUGAUGGUGCGGAUCGACCCGCUGGACGUGUUCAUCCUCCUCAUCUCCUGCAUCUGCCACGACCUGGACCACCCCGGCUACAACAACAUCUACCAGAUUAACGCCGGCACCGACCUGGCGCUGCGCUACAACGACGUAUCGCCUCUGGAGAACCACCACUGUUCUGUGGCGUUCACCAUCCUCCAGGAGCCGGCCGCCAACAUACUGGCCCGCCUGAGCCCCGCCGAGCAGCGGCGCGCGCGCGAGGGUAUCAUUCGCUGCAUCCUGGCCACCGACAUGGCCAGACACAACGAGAUCAUCGGCCAGUUCCGCGAGAUCGUCGACGAGUUCGACUUCUCCGAGCCGAUCCACGUGAACCUGCUGUCAAUGAUCCUGAUCAAGAUAGCCGACAUAUCAAACGAGGCUCGCCCGGUACCGGUGGCCGAUCCCUGGAUCGACUGUCUCCUACAGGAGUUUUACAACCAGAGCGACCGUGAAAAGGCCGAGGGUCUGCCCGUGACACCGUUCAUGGACCGCGAGAAGGUCAACAAGGCCGCCUCCCAGUGCAACUUCAUCUCGUUCGUGCUGAUGCCGCUUCUAACGGCCGCUGCCGAGCUGCUCAAGGAGCUGGAGGGUCUGGUGCUGCACCCCGCCCGCGAGGCUCUGGAGCACUACUCCCGGCUGAAUGAGCUGCCCCGCUCGGCCCGGACCAGCCUGGAGACGAGUGUACUGAGCGGCUCCUCACCGACUGCACCCAUCGAGCCCGUCCCUGAGGACGCGGAGACAUCUGAGGACACCCUCAACGAGGCGGAGGUCAGCGAGCGCUCCGCCAAAUUCAAGAUCGCCACCCGGAACGACUCGGUGUGCCGCCGGGUGAGCGAGGACCCUCCGACGUCCGUCUCGCUGCCCAGCUCCGGCUCCGGCGACGGCAGUCUGCGCAUCUCGCGCUACUUCCGCUGGAUGCUGUCGCGGACGGAGGAGAAGCGGCCCUCCUGGUCGGGCCCGGAGCGCACCGCCGGCGCCGUGGUCGGUCUGAUGACGGCCGACCGGCGCCGGCCCGCCUCCAGCCCGCACGACGCGCGACUCAUCACCAACGGACGGUCCGGGGCGCGCGCCUCGCCCGUGCGCGCGCCAAAACCCGGCUACCUGCGCUCGCUGGUGCUGAAGAAGCGCGAACAAUCGGCCGGCGCGCGCGACGGCUCCAGUUAGACGCGGUGCUGGCGGCGGGCGCGCGGGUCGCGACCGGCGCUGGCUCGAGCGGUGUGCGCUUCUGUGAAGGCGGCGGAGAGUCCCAGCAGGGCAGCGGGUGGUGCGAGGCCAGUGCGAGGUACCCAGGUGUCGGGUGGUCCCGAGACGUGCGCUGCGGCGCUGCUGAGGUAGGGACGGCCCAGUUACGUUCGGUCGGCGCUGCUCCCGGCACUGUCGGCGUCGCUCGCUGUUGUGUUGGUGUUUGCCGUCUCGUCUAAUGCCAAAUCUCGCUGGGCCGGUGGGGCGGGGCCGACCGGAGGGGUAUCGCGCGGCAGACAGCCGGGAGGUGUCGAGUCUCAGUGAGACUGGGGUUGGCUGGUUCUCAGUGUUUCGUCCGGGUCAGAUUAUAAACGAGCGAUGCUCCGCUCGGGAACAGGACCGACUUGCGGCUGCCACUCCUGUCGCCAAUGCCCCAGUAUUUUUUUUUUCUCUCUCUCAAAUGUUUCGGUGCGUGUGAUGCCGCUUCGGCAGCAUAGAGGCCCGUGCAUAUCACUAUGUAGAUGUGUGUCAUUCCAUAGAUUGUGGACCAACGUCCUUUUUACUGUUAGUUGGUCAAUGUGAAGUUUCAGUGCUACUUAAAAGAGAUUUCAAGCGUAGACCUGACAAAAGUUGAAUGACUAUCAUACCACAAAUUUUGCAAUGCCCGGUGCAUCGUAGUAUUUGGUGAGACGAUGCCCAAAAUAAGCUGCCGAAGUGGCAGGCUUGUGCUUAUUUAUUAUAAUUUAUUUUUAAAACCCUUUCGAUUUACGUUGUCGUGGUUCAUAUGCGGCCUAUGCAAUGCUCAGUUGUUCUCUGUCUUCUGGUAACAAGUCUGACCAUGUCUGACAUAACAUGCGACACUAUCUUAUCGGCACAACAAAAGUCAAACACUAUAGCUCCUAUCCCUCAGACCUAAAUAGCCUACAUGUCCCUAUACAUAUAAUAUUCAUAUCAGGUCAUAUAUGUCAUGUGUUGAGCUGUGGUGAAAGGAAGAGCUCUUAAGAGCAGAGCGAGAUGGGACAAGUAGGAUUGUUGAUAUUGUGUCAGGUAAGUCAGCUGUAUCUGUUAAAGAAACGAAUGACCUUGCGGUAGCCAUUUUCGCAGGGGAGCUGUGCGCUUUGUGCAGCGAAGUGCACAGUUACCGAUGUGUUAUCAUACCAUAGGCUAUGCUGUUAAAGAGCAGUAUGGUGCAUGUGUCUGAGAGUUGUAUAUCGAGAAUAUCGACGGCUGCUGGGCGGCCCCAGUCACAGUUUGUGCGCUGUGCGAUAGUUCCGAGGAAGGGGCGUGUGUAUGGCACGGCUACCGGCGCUGGUUUUGUACGCCCUGUUUUCGUUGAUUCGUCUGUUUGUUUCGCCUCUGCAGUGCAGUACUGUGGUGUGUGUGCCCGGGUGACCUGUGUCCCGUUCAGUGAUGUUAUUCGGGCGGCGCUCGGGCACAGCUCGGCGGCUGUCCUGGCGCCGCGGCGAGCUCGCUGUUAGGUCCGGCGUGGUUCUCGUGCGAGGGGAGCGGUCGGCUGACAGGUUCAGUUGCGACUUACCAAUGAGACAUAGUCACGGGCUACGGUACUCGGGGCGGAACUCGCGCAGCGCCUGACACCCGCCCGCGGGCCAGCGCGAGAGCGUUAUAUUCCGUCUGUGUGCGUGAGUGAGUGUGUGCAGGCGCUCUCGCUGGUUCAUGUGCCAAUGUUGUGUUCACCGGUCGCGGUGGGCGAGACUUCCAGUAUUAGCUGAAUGUGCGACGUCGCCGCGCUCGACAGACAAAGCCCGGACGUCGCGCUUCACUCGGGUAUUGCUGCCGCCGUUUGAUACUGACAAUGGUUGAUCAAAAGCUACGCUUCGCAUUGAUGUUGAUAGUUGAUACAGUUGUUUGUAACUCUGGUCCGCA